UACGCAUCACAUUGUCAAAAAAGCUAUGCCAAACCUUUGAAUCUUGUAACGACUAAGGAAACUAUGCUGUCCUCUCAUUUACUUUAGCAUCUUCUAUAUAUAUACAUUAACUGAUUGUUGCAUUGUGUAUAUAGAAGCUAACUAAGCAAGAAAGGAUCCAAUAACUAAGAUAGAGAUGGCUGCUAUAAAUUCAGGCACCAUGCCAAUUGUUAGCAAGUUAUAUUGUGCAUCUUCUCAGGUGGUACUUACUGUUAGGGAAAGGCCUAACGUAGUGAAUGGUGGAGGGUUUGUUGUAACAGAUUGCAGCCAGAAGGUUGUUUUUAGAGUUGAUGGGUGUGGAGUUCUUGGCAAACAAGGGGAGCUAAUUGUUCGCGAUAGUGAUGGCGAGCCUUUGCUUCUUGUUCGUCGGAAGGGAGGGAUGGUUCAGGCUUUGAGUAUUCACAGGAAAUGGAAAGGUUUUACUUUUGACUAUGAAGGAUCCCAGAAGCUGGUUUUUAGCUUGAAGGAACCAAAGGACUCUUGUUUGUUAAGGAACAAUGCAAUCAGAGUCUCAACUGAGCCAAGAAGAAGCAACAAAGAUUGGGACUUUGAGAUUAGAGGUUGUUUCCCUGAUAGAGACUGUAGAAUUGUUGACUACUUUGGCAACAUUAUUGCUCAGAUUGGAGUGAAGAAGGAAGUAAACGAGGUGAUGAGAAGUAAGGAUCUUUAUCAUGUAGUGGUGAAAUCUGGCAUUGAUCAAGCUUUUGUUUUUGGAAUCAUCUCUGUUCUUGAUUAUAUCUAUGGUGAAUCUACGAGGUGCUGAUAUGCAGAAAGUGAAAAUGACUAAUUAAUCUUUUGUUUUGUUUUUAGUUUCAUGGUUAUGAAGUUGAUUAGUAUGUAAGUCGAAUAAAAUAAGCUGUAGAAAAGCUUCGAAUGUUUCUUUGUGAAUGUUAAAAUAAUGAUUAAUUAGUUUGCAGAUGAAGAUUGGCAGCUCCAUGAGAUGCUUAUAUUGAUUAUCUAGUAUUAAUAAGCACAAUAUAAAGGAUCAGUUGCAGAAUGUUAAGGAUUUUACUUCUUUCCA